CAGGGUAGGAGACAGGAGCAGCCAGCAGGCUGUGGACUUGGAACAACAGAAACUUCCAUACCCAUCCUGUGUAUAAGGGAGACCAACCUCUGACCUCUGCCCAGGAACAGCAUGGGUCAGACCAUCCGCAAGCACACUCCUAGCCGCUUCCCCUCCUUUAAGCGUACCCCUAAAAGCCAGCCCCCCUACGAUCAAAACUUAUCACCUCGACCAAGUAUCUUCUCCACGUUAAGAAGGACUCCAGUCGCCAAACCCAAUGAUUUCAUUCCCCUGUUCAUCGAAUGCAUCUCUGCCGCCUCAGCCAGAGCUCAAGAGUUCCUCGUCUUCAAAGACCCUGAGGACAAGUUCCACCCGAGCCCUGAGGUGUUCACUCAGGUCUUCCUGAUGACCUACAUCACCCAGAGUGUCUGCCUUAACUUAACAGACACCUUUAACUGCACCGCCAUGACACCCGAGCAGCGCAUCCUUCUGGGGGCAGACUGGGUGUGGGCUCUGCUGGAGAAGCCUACAAAGAACCCUCGCAUCCAGAUUGCCGUGCAGGUCUUACACUUAAGCAGGGAGGACUGUGAGGAGGAAAGCAUCCCCACAGAUGUCUGCAGUGAGUCGCUCCUGAUUGCCCAGAAAGAGUCCAGCAACAAAACCAUGUGCGAGAGGAUGGUAGACUUCUGCACCUCCAUUGGCAAAGACUGCUACGCCCUCUUCUUGUUCAUGGGGAAGAAAAAUGACAAGGGAAAUAUUUACGGAGUCCUCAGCAACAACUUUGAGGCGGCAAUCGGGAAGUGCAACAAGAUCAACAAGGGUUUAAUAGAGAACUUCUUUAAAGGCUCGAGGUAUCUCCACACACCCACUGGAAUGAUGCAAGCCAUUGUCACUAAGAGAGAAGGAGACCCUCUCACACUUAUGAUUAAAUUCAGCUAAACCAUAGGAC